AGAAUUUGACAUAUGAAGACUUUAACUCCUAAUUUAACUGUCAUUAAUCUGUGUUUAUAAACUGAUACUUUUGUGUAAUUUCUAAUUCCGGUCGAAGCAGCUGGUCGUUUUAUGUCAUUCUAACCUACCGAAAGUUAAGCAGAUUUAUUCACAACUUGAAACAGUUGCUUACGGAAAAUAAGUCUGAGCACUUUCGUGAUAUGAUUUGGUUGAGUCCGAAUAGGAAGUUCACUCAAAGAGAUGCAGAGGCAUCAUAAUAAGUUUCGCAGCUUUUAUGGGGCAGCUUUAAUUUACAGAGGUGAACCAUAUUUCUGCUCCUGUGAGAACCUGUUGACGAUAAAUCGCCAAUAGAAUAUGUACGAUACGGUUAUUCGACAAUCUCCAUCUGUUUGAGAUCCGUAUAAAUGGCUAAUUCAUGAUUAAUUGCACUUUGGCAAGUUUUUUUUAACAUGUGAUUUAGUGCGCUUUUUAAAAAUGUGAUUUGAACGCUUUGUUACGGUAUGUCUCGUUUAGAUUUGUCUGCUUCGAUGGAUGCCACAGCUAAACCAAGUGGAAAGAUGAACACUUCAUGGAGCGACCAUCUGCAAGAUUAUGCCGAAUUACCAGCCACCAUGGACGGAUCAACCAUGAAAAAGUACAGACGAGAGGCCAACCACAGAGUGUUUGUCAAUCGAAGCUUGGCCAUGGAAAAAAUCAAGUGUUUUGGGUUUGAUAUGGAUUAUACUCUUGCAGUGUAUAAAUCUCCUGAAUAUGAGUCAUUGGGGUUCCAACUGACAGUGGACCGUCUAGUAUCCAUUGGGUAUCCGCAAGAGCUUCUAAACUUUGUCUACGACCCCGCCUUUCCUACUAGAGGUUUAGUGUUUGACACAAUGUAUGGAAACCUGCUUAAGGUUGACACCUACGGGAACAUUCUUGUGUGUGUACAUGGUUUCAGUUUCUUGCCAGGAUCUGAAAUCCGAGAGAUGUACCCCAACAAAUUUAUUCAACGAGGAGACAAAGACCGCGUUUAUAUUCUGAACACCCUCUUCAACCUGCCUGAAACCUACCUCUUCGCUUGCCUGGUGGACUUCUUCAGUAACUGCUCCAGAUAUUCAAGAUGUGAAACUGGCUUCAAAGAUGGAGAUCUUUUCAUGUCGUACAGAAGUAUGUUCCAAGACGUCCGAGAUGCAGUGGAUUGGGUUCACUUCAAGGGAUCCUUAAAAGAAAAGACUGUUGAAAACCUGGAAAAGUAUGUGGUAAAGGAUCCAAAGCUUCCCCUGCUUCUCAGUCGCAUGAACGAAGUAGCUAAAGUAUUUUUAGUCACCAACAGUGAUUACAAGUACACUGAGAAAAUGAUGACCUAUUUGUUUGACUUUCCCCAUGGUCCAAAGCCUUGUACACCCCAUCGUCCCUGGCAUUCUUACUUUGACUUGAUCCUGGUGGACGCCCAUAAGCCGGUGUUUUUUGGAGAGGGAACAGUUCUGCGGCAAGUAGACACUUCAACAGGACAGCUCAAAAUCGGAACCUACACAGGACCCCUCCAGCAUGGGAUUGUUUACUCUGGAGGGUCCUCAGACAUUAUUUGUGACUUGCUUGGCGCUAAAGGAAAGGACAUCCUCUACAUUGGAGACCACAUUUUUGGAGACAUUCUCAAAUCGAAGAAGCGCCAGGGAUGGAGAACUUUCUUGGUUAUACCUGAGCUGGCUCAAGAGCUGCACGUGUGGACAGAAAAAAGCUCAAUUUUUGAGGAACUUCAGUCAUUAGAAUACUUCCUGGCAGAGCUUUACAAGCAUCUGGAUAGCAGCAGCAAUGAGAGGCCUGACGUCAGCUCAUUGCAGAACCGUAUUAAGAAAGUCACACAUGACAUGGACAUGUGUUAUGGCAUGAUGGGAAGUCUCUUUCGCAGUGGAUCCCGUCAGACCCUGUUUGCCUCACAGGUGAUGCACUACGCUGACCUCUAUGCUGCCUCCUUCAUCAACCUGCUGUACUACCCCUUUAGCUAUCUGUUCAGGGCGGCCCACGUACUGAUGCCGCACGAGUCGACAGUGGAACACUCGCAUGUCAACGCCAAUGACACAGAGUCGCCACUCGCCACACGAAACCGCCAUGAUGUUGACUUUAAAAAGAUGGCGUGCGAACAAUGCAAGCUAACUCAUUCCAUCAGCGGAAUCCAGUCAGCCCAUUUCUUCCCUCAAGCUCCACAGGAGAUCACCCACUGCCAUGAUGAGGAUGAUGAUGAGGAGGAGUAAGAGUAAAGGACAGGACACAACCCCUUUUUCUCCCAUCUUUCUGGACUGCAACGGCCAAUCAUAUUAUUCAAAUCCAUGUUCUGUCUUAAUGAUCAAUUAUGACUUCACAAGAAGACGAUCAUAGAACAUUUUCCUUUAAACCUGCUAAACAUGUUAAGUAUCAAAAGUUACGGUUGAGGACCUGUUCAGGAGGAUUAGGAAGAGUCUUAUUAUAUUUAGAUCAAAAUUACUAAAACAAGUAUUUUUUAACGUUAAUAUACAAAUACAAACAACAGAACCAUACUCUCACAUGGUUCUGUAAUAUUUGAUGUCUGUUGUUCUGAGAUUAAAUUUUUAUUUGAAAAUAAUUGUUGUUUCUUACGAUAAAAGCUUUUAGAGAAAAUCUUUACAUAGCAUACAUGUAAGAUCUCAUUGGCAUAAAUAGCCAAGUUUCCAUUAUCAUAAAUUAUUUUUAUGGUACUUUUUGAGAUGAUCACUAGUCAUGCUUUUACCAACAUAACAAAUUCACCUUUUCACUCAGAAUUGCAAAGAAACAUUUCUAUGUAAAAACAACAAUACUGAGAGUUGUAAUAACUCAAAUUAUUUUCAAAAAAUAAAAUACUUGCCUGGUAUAGUCUUUCGUGUGUUUGCCAAAAGUAGUCAGCGUCAGUGGUGGGCCGUCAGGGCCUUCAAGGCCUUCUCU